AUUUUAUAUGUAUUUAAAUGAUAUGAAAAUUAUUGAUUAAAGUGUGUCUAAAAAGAUGAACAAUUGUUUGAAUGAAACACUUGCAACUGAAUUGGAAGUAAUUAAAGCAAUAUAUUUGGAUGAUAUCAAUAUAGACACAAAUGAUACCAAUUGUGAUGACCGAUUGGCCACAGUGUCCAUCGAUAUAUUACCGAAAACGGCCGGCAAUAGUAACAACCAAUUGGUUAGAUUCACACUCUUUGUUGUGAUUGCCAUAAAUUAUCCCAAUGAGUGUCCCAGCAUUGAGAUGAAGAAUACGAGAGGUUUAACUGAUGAUGACAUCCAAAGUUUAAGGAUUGCCAUCAGUAAUGUUUGCCAACAAAGAAUCGCUGACACAAUGAUAUACGAGAUAAUUGAAAAGUCUCGGGACGUGUUGACAACAUUGAAUUGUCCGGUUGGCACCCGAUGUGCCAUUUGUUUAUACGACUUCACUACCGAUGACCAGAUUAUGCGAAACGAUUGCUUUCAUCACUUUCAUUGUCGUUGUUUUGCUGAUUAUGUGUCGAAACAAAUAAAGAGUGAAACAAAUGUCAAUUUGACAGAAGUUCGGAUUCAUUGUCCGAUUUGUCGUAAUCUCUUGAAUAACAGUCACAUCAAUGACUAUACGGAUCCAAACAAAUAUUCAAAUCCAUGUCUUUUAAACGAACCAUUAGUGGGUGAAAAUGAUUUGAUUGAAGAAGCGAAGAUCAAUGUCAAUAAAUUCAAAGAUAUUUAUGAGAAACAACUCAAAAACGGAGGUAUUAUUGACGUCGAGAGUGAAAGAAAUAAAUAUUUUAUAAGAAUUUCGGAAACAACUCAACCAAACAAUGAUUAAUUUACUUAUUUUUUAUAAAUUUU